UCGUUUAAACACCUAUAAAAAAUAGUCUUUUUUCAAACACAACACAACACAAUCAGAAGAGAAUAUUAUCAGACGGAAGGAAAGAGAGAGAAAGAAAGCAGCUGAGCCCUCAACACUGCAACCUCACCAAGCCAAGUGAGAAACCAAAACCAAAGAGAGCAAGGACCAAAGAUACACACGCAAAACACAGUCCCUCCUCCAAGAUUUUAGUAUUAUUCUCCUUUUCUUUUUUUUUUUCCCUUCUCAAUCUUUCCUUCUUACUGUGUGUAAAAAUGGAGCAAAUCAAGGCUACCUUCAAGCUAGAAGCUUGUGGCAUAAUCUAGGGACUUUUAGCUAUUUUUUGUUCUGUUGUUUGAAAAUCUUCGGGGGUUUUCGCGUGUCGGUGGUGGGGAUGGGUUACGAGAGAAUGUUAAUAGCAGUGAGCUUGGAUCCUGAGAGAAAAAGGAGCGGUGGUCUUAGAACUAAGCAGGCUGGGAGAGGAUCCUGUCGUGGAAGUUAGACUGUCAAAGAAAUGU